AUGGUACUGUUGGAGAAGCAAUGGGUCAAUGUGCAAGAGAAGACUUUUACCAAAUGGCUCAAUAACAAGAUCGCUUCCAGAGAUGUCGCUGUCUCUUCCCUCGUCACAGAUCUAGCAGACGGUAUCAUUCUUAUACAUCUAUUAGAAGUCCUCAGCAAUGACUCGCUCGGUCGCUAUGCCUCCAACCCUCGCCUGCGGGUGCAGAAAUUCGAGAAUGUCAACAAGUCGCUGGAAUUCAUCAAGAGCCGCGGGAUCAUGAUGACAAACAUAGGCGCCGAAGAUGUGGUGGAUGGAAACAGAAAGAUUAUACUGGGUCUGAUAUGGACUCUGAUUUUACGCUUCACCAUUUCCGACAUCAACGAGGAGGGCAUGACCGCCAAGGAGGGUCUCCUUUUAUGGUGUCAACGCAAAACUGCCUGCUACGAGGGCGUCGAGGUCCGAGACUUUUCGACGUCGUGGAACAACGGUCUGGCUUUCUGUGCCUUGUUGGACAUUCACCGACCAGAUCUGAUUGACUUUGAUACCUUGGACAAAUCCGACCACAAGGGAAAUAUGCAAUUGGCUUUUGAUAUCGCCUCCAAAGAGAUUGGCAUACCGGACCUGUUGGAUGUGGAGGAUGUGGCUGAUGUUCCCAGGCCCGACGAACGAUCGCUCAUGACCUAUAUUGCUUAUUGGUUUCAUGCUUUUAGCGCCAUGGAAAAGGUCGAGAAUGCGGGUCGACGGGUGGAAAAGUUCGUCUCCAACAUGCAAGGCGCUUGGGAAAUGGAAAACGCCUAUGAAAAGAGAAUGCGUGCCUUGUUGCAGUGCAUCAGACAGCAGAGACAAGACUGGCACAACUCCACCUUUGCAGGGACGUAUGCAGAUGCCAAAGCCCAGGCCAACGAUCUGGCAGGCUUCAAGCGGAACCAGAAAAGGAAGUGGGUCGCCGAGAAAUCAGAUCUUGCCGCCCUCCUCGGCAAUAUCAAGACCAAACUUUUGACUUAUCGUUUGCAACCAUAUAUCCCACGGCCCGAGCUGCGGUUUGAGGUCCUGGACAAUGAGUGGGCAGGCCUCGCUGCCGAUGAGCAUGCUCGAAGCAAACUGAUCAAUGAAACCAUCCGUGAUAUCAAGAAUGCCCUCCGCCGAAGUUUUGCGGACAAGGCUAAUGACUUCGCUCUGACACUCAAUACCUUGUCUCUCGCCGUCUCUGGUCUCGAAGGUGACGUCGACGAUCAACUGCAACACGCCCAACGACUCUCCGCAAACUUGGUGCCGCUGGAACAAUAUCUCGAAGGAAUAGCAAUCCUGGACGAAAAGUGUCAAGAAGCCAACAUUGACGAAAAUGAUUUUACCACAUACACUUAUGACGAGUUGAUGUAUGAGUUGAGCUUGGUCAAGACCAGUGUGCAGAAAAAGCUCACCUUCCUUGAGAAUCAAAUGGUGGCCAGGAACAUGACCAAUUUGACUCCCAUCCAGUUGGAAGAAUUUGAGUCGGUGUUUCGCCAUUUUGAUCGAGACUGUACCAAUGCUCUACAAGAGCUGGAAUUCAGUGCAGCUUUGGCAAGUCUCGGGCUGGUCUAUGACGAGCAAGAGAUGCACGACAAGUUCCAGGAAGUCUGUCACAGCGGCAUUGAGAGAUCCAUGUCUCCGGUGUCACGCAGGCAACGAGAGAGCCAUGGAGUUGGAUUCGAACAAUUCAUCCGAUUCAUGGUUUCGGUGACAGAAGAUCAAAACAGUGCCGACCAAGUCUUCCAAUCAUUCCGAGAAGUGGCGGAUGGAAAACCCUACGUGACCGAGAUGGACCUGAGGCAUUCACUGAUCCCUGAUGAGCUCAUUGAAGAUCUGCUUCAGAGUAUGCCCCAACACAAAGGGCCAGAUAUGGAAGCAGAUCGAGACGUGCCCAAAUAUGAUUACAUUUCAUUCAUGCAGGGCAUGAUUGGCGAUGGUCAUCAUGACUCGGACAGCGAUAGCGAGGGAGGAAGAAGCGGCUCUAAUAGCGUCACAACACCGACCACGCCCAAAAGCAAGAGGUAA